CACCUUCAACCGCCACCAGGUAACAACCGCAAUUCCUCACCGUUCUCAGCCUCAUUACCACAGCACUGACGUGAGUUCCUUGACACACAGCUAUCACGGCAAUCACCUGCAACACCUCAUCUCUAGCAGGCACGCAAAAGGCACAGCACAGCCAUCAUGUCAUCACACCAGGUGCUCCAGGGGCACCUGUGGGGUGGCUUCUUUACGGGAGCAACCACACCACGGCGGAAGAGGAGGAAGGUUACUCCGGUUACCCCGCGGCUGCCCAUAAAUCCGCCAACCGCUGUGCAGACACCACUGCAGCCCCCGCGAUUCGAGCUCCCACCUUCUGUCCGUCGCCACUUGCCCCAAGCAAUUGCAGACAUGGUUGGCGAGAGUUCCGGCGAUGAAGACGGGCAGCAGCGCCAGGAGCGAGGGCUUUCGCCCGUGGACAGGGGUCUGCAGCGUCCGUUGAACCUCCCCGCCCCCAUCCCUUUCCUUUUUCCCAGCACACCGGGAUCCCUGGUGUAUGAGCCCCCGCCACCACCACCACCACCGCCACCACCACCAGCUCAACGACCCCGCCCGCAGACGCAUGCCAGCACGAAGGUUUCCCUUCACAGAAUCCAUAAUCACAAUCAAGUGCAAAGGGAGCGCCUAACAACGUUCAUCGCUGAUGUUCACGUCCUUGCGCGCCACACCACCUUCUUUAUCAAGUACUACCUUGCUGAUCAUCCUCUACACGAUUUCCCGGACAUCACCGACAAGCACAUCAGUGUGAUGUUUGAGCUGCUCAACAAUCCAGGCUACAACGGCAAUCCAGUCAUCGCGCAAGAGUUGCGUCCACGGGUUCAAAAGUACUGUGAUGUUCACGGAUUCGCCCCCAUCCGCAUGCGAUAUUGCCAACAGACCGCAGCGUACACGGCUAUGAGCAUCUUCACAAACCUCAAAGUUAACGUACAAGAGCAUUUCAUGCAAAUGUUUCUGCGCUACGUCAAUGAAAGGCUUGGUUUGAAGCAAUAUGCGACAUUUGAAGAGUUUCCAACCGAAGAGGAGCUUGCACGCCUCACACGACUUGAGCGGACCAUCCUCGACGAGUUAUGGGCUCUGUUUCCUCCCCAGGAUGAACCGCUUGCAUACAGCCUUGCGGUGGACGCAAUGCCAUAUUUAGGUGCCUAUUGUGAGCUCUCGCGCCUCUUUGAGCGCCGUAGAAUGCGGCUGUUUUCAGCUAUCCCGCUGCGCAAAUCUCGAAUCCAGUCAUCUGUUCGGAUCGACACGAUGAUCCUAGCCACUCAUAUCCUGGCCUUGAGCCGCCAUCGCGUGGGGAAACUCACCGAUCAACGCAAGCAGGAGCUGUGGGGGCAGUUUCUCAAUGUGAAUGACAAGGUCUUCAAGGAUCGAAAGAAGCUUGGUCUCAAAUUUGAUGGGUCAAUCAGCACAAACGGGUAUUCCGCUACCAUCCACUUCAAGAAGCCAGGGCUCAAGUACGGCCAUCGCGCCCGGAAGCGCAGCAAAGCCCAAAUGCAGGAAGAAGUCAAGCAGCUGUAUUUUGAGCACCACAUCGCCGAACUACGGGAGGCUCCAAACAUCGUCAGCAUUGAUCCGGGCAAGCGUGACCUCUUGUUCUGUCGAGACAUCAACAAGGAGCGGCCAUUUCGAUACACAUCCAAUCAACGGGCGGUCGAGACAAAGUCUCGGUACUUUCAAAGAGACAUGACAGAGCGAAAGAUCAAUGCCGGCAUCGCUGAGAUGGAAUCACAUAUUCCAUCGCACAAGAGCAUGAACAUCGAGGCAGUCUCAGCGUUCAUCGUGGAUUACGAAUAUGCGGAUCCCGCCCUGGAUGAGUUUUACCAGGAUGAGAUUCACGUGGCUCGCAGAUUCAAGGCGUUCUCACUGCGGCAAAAGUCUGAGAGCAAGCUCAUCAAGAACAUGCGACGCCUGUAUGGAAAGCAUUUUGCGGUCAUCUUGGGUGAUUGGAGCGACGCUGGAAAAACCAUGCGCUUUCAGGAGUAAUCAAAGACCAAGGGAUUCCGCACACUCUUUGCAAGAAACAGCAUCCCAUGCUACUUGCUAGAUGAGUAUCGAACGUCUUCCGUGUGCCCAGACUGCCACGGGCGUGUGAAGAAAAACAUCCGACGCCGGCUGUCAUCUCGGCUGUGGCAAGCUAGAAAGGGAAGAAUGGAAUACGUCCAUGGAUUGGUGGGUUGCCCCAACCCCGAAUAUAUCACCAAGACUGGACGCCAUUUGAGAUUCCUGGAAGAAGAC